AUGCACUGCCGCGCGGACGUUCGCCUAAGUGAAAUUCUAACGGGCUGGCGGGCCAGUAGUCAGUGGACGACGUUGCUGGUGCCUGCCAUGGAGGGUCAACUGCUGGCAACAGCGCGUCCUUAUUUGCAGCUCUUCUCGCUGUUCACGCUAAUGCCACCGCCCAGCAUUUACGAGCGAAAUUCCGACCAUCGCCGGAGGCAACUAUUGAUAUUUGUUUUUGGCUGCUAUACUUGCUGUGUCCUUCUGCUGGGACUAUAUGUGUCCUAUGUAAACACGACUAUGCUCAACGCGGAAAUUCUACUUUUGGCAGUCGGUGAUUUCACGAGCAAUAUGGGCCUGCUGCAAAUAGUCUUGUACACGAUCCUGCCGGCCAUCACACAUGUCUGCAUACUGAUACAUUUUGGUAGACUGGCUCGCAUUUAUGUGGAAAUAACAGCUUUGGAGCUGGAUAUUGAUGCUGCAUCCCAAUACUUUGGUGGUCAGCGGCAGCGUUACUACUUGCAAAAACAUUUGGCAAUCGUUGUCGGCUUGUGGCUGAUUUUUCUAUUUCUAGCUCUUCCUCGCACAACCAUGUCCCAACUGGGAAUGAAAUGGCGUGACAACAUUCUCACCGAGCUCAUAAUGCUGGUGAUGCAGCUGAAAAGUGUGGAGUAUACAUUAUUUGUACUUCUGGUACGGGAACUACUGCUACGUCUGCGCCACUCGCUCAUCCAGCUGAAGCAGGAGCUAACCGUCUGCGAGGGGCGUGCUCUGCUCCAGGCACUGUGUGCCGCACUGCGACGCAAUAAGCAGCUAAUGUCGCGCAUUUGGAGGCUUGUGGGCGAACUGGAGGUAUACUUUAUGUUGCCAAUGAUGCUGCUGUUUCUGUAUAACUGCUUUAGCAUGCUGCACAUCGUCAAUUGGGUGUAUAUUCAAUCGCUCAAUCCCAACGAUUGCAGUAAUUGUCGUUUUUGGCGUGUUGGACACUUAACAGUUCUGCUAAUUAAUCUUCUGUUGCCAUGCUGGAUCAGCCAAAACUGCAUAAGCACAUACAACAGCUUCAAGCGUAUUAUUCACAGCAUUCGCUGCGGCUUUUAUCCGCAACUGCUCAAAAAUGCUCUUCGAGAAUAUUCAUUGCAGUUUGAACAUUUAAAGUUGCGGUUCACUUGCGGCGGUUUCUUUGAUAUUAAUCUAAGUUGCUUUGGCAGUAUGGUGGUUACUAUGGCCAGUUUUACCAUUAUUCUAAUACAGUUCAAGAUGCAGGGCUUUCUCUCAACAAGCAAAAGCAAAGCAGGGCAACAAUGAUAAAAGCACAACGAAAGCUUACUGGAAGCUCCGCAGAAGUUAACAGACGCCAAUUGGCGCCAAAUGUUAAAGAUACAUAUU